AGAUGACCGUGGCCGAAAUUUUCUUCAUACGGCAUGUCAGAAAGGCGAUCCAGCUUCUGAUUAUCUUGAAGAUGUGGAAAAAGCCAUUUCGAAAGGCCUUGAAAUCGAUGGACGGGACAAUAAGGGACGAACCCCUCUUAUACGUGCCGUUAUGAUUUGGAAUCAUAAGUUCGUCGACUUUCUGCUUCGACAUGGGACCGACCCCAACGCGAGGGACUUCGCAGGAAACACACCCUUGUCUACGGCCAUCUCCCUUGAAAACUCAGGAUGGCUUCUUGACACGGCUAUUCGGCGGGGGCAUGAGGAUAUUGCAGAACUUCUAAGGGACGCAUUGGAGCGAAAACAUGUCGCUUCAUGAGUUUUGACAUGUUUGUAUGAUGUCCGACGCGACUUUGGAUUUCCUUCAGGUUCUGAUGGUGGUGUUUCUUGUGUCUUUGGGUUAAGAAUGCAGUGUUUACUUCAUUAUCGUUAGCAUACAAGGCGUUGGGAGAGGAAUUCCAAAUCAGGUAGCUUUUAGAAAUCUC